GUCAAUAAUGUAAUACCCAGACAGUGCAGCUCUAUCUUCCAUAAAGUCAUUAUCAAUAAUAGCAACAUGAAAGUACGUUUCUCAUUUGCAUUGUGCUGUGUUUUCAUUUACGCAACAAUCUGCUGUGCUAAUGUAGCAGCAGAAGAGACCGUAAAUGUCGAUGUAAGCAGUGAUAGGGAUGUUGGUGAUAAUGGGGGAAUUCGUGUUGACGAGCCAUGCAUUGUACAAUAUUUGAAAGAGAAGGGGAGACUAAACGAUGAUUUCCCAUCCAGAAUAAGGUCUUCGCUGUGUCGUUUCACAAUGGUAAGAGUGUUAGGUUUUGUGCGCCAGAUUAUUUCUGGAGCCAUGACAAAUGUGGCGCCGAAAGAAGCGGAUUGUUUUAUGGCAGAAUACGACAAAACACAAACAGUUGACUCUGCCUUGGUAGUCGCUGUGAUCAGGACAACACCCGAUUUAACUGAAGAACAGAAGGAAAAUCUAAUCACAAAACCACUCAAUGAACUCAAAGAAAAGUUGAACGAAAAUGCUGAUAAAUGUGGAGUGGAUGAGAAAAUGUUUAAAUCAGUUUUUGGUAGAAUUUUCGAGUCGAAGGGUCGAAGGACAACCUCAUCAAAGGAUUCAUCAGAAACUACCGACGCAACUACACUUUCAGCCUAAACGGAAUUUAUAACCUCAUGUAAGCGUCAACACCUUAGUUGGGUUGUUUCUAAAGCAUAAAUUGAAUAAAAGUUAAUUUGAUUCGAAAGUGAUGUUAA